UGACCGUCGCCUGCUUUAAGUGGAGCGGGCGCCUCGGGCCGGGGUUCCGCUCUGGCCGCAGCAAAUCCGCCCGCCGCCAGGAUGAUGUGCGGGGCGCCCUCCGCCACGCAGCCCGCCACGGCCGAGACCCAGGCCAUCGCCGACCAGGUGAAGCCCCAGCUGGAGGAGCAGGAGAAUAAGAAGUACACUACCUUUAAGGCGGUGGAGUUCAGGAGCCAGGUGGUCGCAGGGAGGAACUACUUCAUCAAGGUUCAAGUCGAUGAUGAGGAGUUUGUGCACAUUCGAGUGUUUCAGAGUCUCCCGCACGAAAACAAACCCUUGGCCUUGUCCAGCUAUCAGACCCACAAAGCCAGGCACGACGAACUGGCGUAUUUCUAGUUCCCGCUGUGAACAUGGCCCGUCCGUGUGGUUCUGUCCUCUGUGGACACGUCUGGGGUCAUAAACGGGUGCCAUUUCUUCACUGGGGGUGGGGGGGGUGUGUUGUGCAGCUCUUCUGAGAGCUGGGAGAGACAAAGUCAUCCCAACCAGCGAUCUUCAUUACUUUCAAAGAAGGCUUAUAUUCUCUUUUAAAUACAUAUUUUUAAGUCUUGGCAAAU